CAGAUUAAAAACGGUCAAACCGCUAUGCCAAAUAGCCUCUCAAUUAGCCUUAGAAUUCUCAAUUUCAAUAAAAUUCACAAUUAGAAUUAUAAUUCAAUUUCUUUUACUUUUGGAUGAUCGAUGAGAUGAGAUCUCCCGAAAUUAUAAGAUUUAUGGAAUAUAUUCUGAAGAUUGAUGAGUGAAGCCGAGAAGGAGAAGCAAUGAGAGAGGCGAUGGAAUCAUCGACGGCGACGGCAUCAUCGCCGUUGGAGGAGAUGAUAGUGGAAGAGUGGAGUGGAUCUUCAUCGACGAAGCUGUGUAGGACGGCCACGAUCCUCAUCAGCUCUACUUCUCCCGUCUCUGUUCGAAAAUGCGGCAACCGAUUCAGCCAGUUCUCCACGCGGUUUCUCCAAGCAUUCGUACCCGAGGGCUUUCCAAGCAGCGUGACUCCAGAUUAUGUUCCUUUUCAAAUUUGGGAUUCAUUACAGGGCCUGUCCACUUAUGUGCGGACCAUGCUUUCUACCCAAGCUCUUUUGAGUGCCAUUGGGGUUGGUGAAAGAUCAGCAACUGUCAUUGGGGCCACAUUUCAGUGGUUUUUGAGGGAUUUAACUGGAAUGCUUGGAGGGAUCUUGUUCACAUUCUACCAGGGUUCAAACUUGGACAGCAAUUCUAAAAAGUGGCGUUUAGUUGCAGAUCUCAUGAAUGAUCUUGGAAUGUUGAUGGAUCUUGUUUCUCCUUUAUUCCCUUCAGCAUUUGUGUUUAUAGUUUGCCUGGGGAGUUUAUCCAGAUCAUUCACUGGUGUUGCUAGUGGAGCAACUAGAGCUGCUCUCACACAGCAUUUUGCUCUUCAGAACAAUGCAGCAGAUAUAUCUGCCAAGGAAGGAAGCCAAGAGACAGUUGCCACAAUGAUUGGAAUGGCUUUGGGAAUGCUUCUUGCACAUGUUACAGUGGGGCACCCCCUAGCCAUAUGGUUUUCCUUUUUAUCUCUGACCAUGUUUCAUAUGUAUGCAAAUUACAGGGCUGUUCGGUGUCUUUCCUUAACCACAUUAAACUGUGAAAGAAGCUCCAUACUUCUGCUGCAUUUUAUGAAGGCUGGUCAAGUUCUUUCUCCAGAGCAAGUCUCUGACAUGGAGCACAUUUUACCACUGUGGACCACUUCAUGGAGCUCACAAAACACCAAACUUUUGCAUACACGGGUACGCAUAGGUGUCAGGGUUUCCUCACUUAACCAUCAGGAAAUGGUGAGGCUCUCACAUUCUGCGGGAUCUCGUCGCAUGCAAGCAAACUACUUGCUGCUUGAGCAAAAUGGAACCAUUGGGAUUGUUAUGCACAAGGAUGCAACAGCCGCAGAUGCCUUGCAGGCCUUCUUUCAUGCUCUAGUCAUGGCAAGUCUUGUUGACAAGGAGACAUCUGCAAAUUUGGAGAGCAAUUCAUGGAUGGAUAAACACUACGACAAUUUUCUUCUGAAGCUCCAGUCAUCAGGGUGGAAAAUAGAACGCCUCUUGUCAUCCUCGAUCAUUUGGAGGGCAAAUUGGAUGUCUGGGCCUUUGGAUGAAAAGAUCGACUAGGAAACCUAGAACUCAAGUAUUACAUGAAAUUCAGCCAGUUCUGGUAAAAGCGAGGAAGUAUGCCGACAGCCAUUCUGUUUAAAGGGUAAAGACAUCGCUUUUGAGGCUAUGAUUUUUGUUUGAUGAAUUACAGCAUUAACACAGAGGAACAACAACUGCUGCUUGAGAUUGCAUUUUGUUCUGAUAAUGGGAGACUCUGCCCUUCCCCUGGUCUGGAGAGAAACUGGAGAAAAUGGUUUGACUAUCUCUAUUUAAUGUUCGAUUGGCCAUUGUUUAGGUUUGCCCUUCUUGUGCUUCAACUCAUCACUUGUAGGCACUAGGCAUAUCAUAUCAAGGGGCUAGUUAAUUUCUAAUUUGCAGUUUACAUGUCAAUUAUUCUGAAAAACACCCGUUGACACGUAACUGGUUGCUUGGUAUUUUUUAUAAUAGUUCCAGCAAAAUAUACGAACACACCAGAGUAAUGUAUACUUGGUGCGUAUCAAACACGAAGCAACCAACACAGGAUUCAAAUAUGGUUGUGGGAAGAAGCUCAAAGUGACCUUUUGGAUCAGGAUUCAAAUCUCUCUAGGAAUGAGCUCAUACACAAAUCUCUAUGUAUUUACCUAAUACUUACGGCUUAUGAGUCAUUGCAAGUGCUUGAUAAGUUUAUACAAUACACACCUGAUGGUGGUUCUGUGUAUAAAUACCUGAUACUUGUGGUUUAUGAGUUAUUUUGCAUGCUUGAUAAGUUUAUACAUACAGUACACAACA